AUGUCAAUGCAAAGAACUCCGACCAAGGAUGAUUCUAAAUCAGUAUCUCUUAGAGAAAAACAUGCUUCCUCAACUCCAAACUUAAAUGAAAUUGAACAUUCAACUAUGCGCCCAUUAAAAAGGAAGCAAAAUGAUGAUUGUGAGUCUAUGCUAUCUAGAAUGGAAGAAAUGCUUAAGAUAUGGCAGAGUAAACAAGAGAAAAAAAUGGAGACAUUUCUUUGUAAAAUUUCAGAUAAGCAACUUGAAAUACAUACUUCUAUGGAAUUUAUAUCCAAGCAGUACGAAGAUAUGAAAGUUAUGAUCGAAACGCUUUUAGAGGAAAAAAAGGAAAAUAAAUUAUAUAUUAAAUCUUUGGAAAGCAGGAUAGAAAAAUUAGAAAAAAGGUGUCGAUCUUCAACCAUGGAAAUUCGCAACGUCCCUGUGUUAGUUAAUGAAACGGCUUCUUCUUUAUCGGAUGUUAUAUUCACGUUAGGAAAGGUUGCUCAGGUUCCCAUAGAAAAAACUGAUAUCAAAAAUCUAUUUAGAAUGCAAAGUUCGGGAGAAAAUAAACCGAUUAUUGUGGAGUUCACGUCUGAUUUGGUCAAAGAUAAUUUGCUUCAAUCGAUUAAACAAUUUAAUCGUACAAAUAAAGGGAAUUUCCUUAAGUCUUCAGAUCUGGGUAUCCCAGGCACAGCAAAACAAGUUUAUGUGUCUGAGUCGCUUACAGCUAAUGCUAAAAAACUAUUCUACCUUACGAGGAACUUCGCCAAGUCAUACGAUUAUAACUUUGCUUGGACGUCUCAUGGAAACAUUUUUGUACGUAGGAGGCAGGGAGAUCCGGCUAUGCGUAUUGGCAGUGAGGAAGACCUACAGAAUCUGGCCACUAAAUGA